CCCGCUAUUCUAUCGACCUUGCAGUCUUCUCCGCGAAAGAGUCUUGAAACAUGGCUACCAUACCCGUUAUCGUGAAGCAUCAAGGCAAGCGGCUUGAGGUCGAGAUCGACCCUGCUGCGAACGGCGAGACUUUCAAAUUCCAACUCUAUUCUCUCACAGGAGUUGAACCAGAACGCCAGAAGAUCCUCGUGAAGGGUGGACAACUCAAAGAUGAUACAGAACUUUCCUCCCUUGGGGCAAAACCCGGCCAGACCUUCAUCAUGAUGGGAACACCAAGUUCAGGCCAGGCUGACCUAACUUUGAGGAAACCGAAAGAAGCGCCUAAAUUUCUGGAGGAUAUGACAGAAGCUGAAGCUGCUAAAGCUGAAGGCGCCACACCCGCUGGCCUCCAAAACCUUGGGAACACUUGCUACUUGAACUCGACUUUGCAAACAUUACGAGCUCUUCCGGAGUUGCAAGAGGAGCUACUAAAAUACAAAGCUUCGCGACACCCUCAGCCCAGUAUAUUUGGUUCCAGCACCACAGAUCUUACGGCUUCACUCCGAGACUUAUAUAAGCAGAUGUCCGAGACACAGCAAGGAUUCCCUCCAAUGAUGUUUUUGAAUGCCCUCAGAUCCGCGUUUCCUCAAUUUGCACAAAAAGCCAGGGAUGGCCGGGGUUAUGCGCAGCAGGAUGCGGAAGAAGCUUGGUCACAGAUCAUUACUCAACUCCGCCAGAAACUGGUGAUCAAAGAUUCCAACGCCGAAAGCUCAGACAAAGAGGUGUCUUUCGUUGACAAAUAUCUCUCUGGGAAAUUCGAUACUAUACUUGAGUGCGAUGAGCAGGCUGCAAGAGAUGCGGGAGAAGUUCCAAUAGAAUCUACCGAUGUUUUCUUCAAAUUAAACUGUCAUAUUGGCAAGGAUACGAAUCAUCUCCGGGACGGCAUUAUGGCCAGUUUAGAAGAAAAGAUUGAAAAACAUUCGGAUGUACUUGAUCGAAACGCCAUGUAUACCAAAAAGUCACGAAUUUCUAGGUUGCCGAAGUAUCUUACAGUCCACUUCGUGCGAUUCUUCUGGAAACGCGACACACAGAAGAAAGCAAAGAUCAUGCGCAAAGUCACUUUCCCCGCUGAGUUAGAUGUAGUUGAGUUUUGCACAGAUGAACUAAAACAACAUCUUGUCCCCGUUAGAGAUAAGGUUCGGGAGAUUCGGAAAGACGAACAGGACAUGGAGAGAGCUCGCAAGCGCCAAAAGAGAGCACACCAGGAAGAAGAGCAGGCGGCUACCAUAACCGCAAGCGAACCGUUGCAGAAAAAGAAGGAAGCGGAGUCAAAGGCAUCCGGUGAAAGUGGAAAUGACGGCGGCCCACCAGAGGUUUACAAAACUGAUGCUGAAUAUGAGGCAGAGAAAGCAGCGUCGCUUCUCGCCGCGAAAAAGGAGCUAUUCAAUCUAAUUGAUAAGUCUCUGGCUGGCGAUGAAGGGGCCAACAAGUCUGGACUCUACGAGCUGCGCGGUGUGAUCACCCACCAAGGUGCUAGUGCAGAUAGCGGUCACUAUACGGCCUACGUCAAAAAGCAAGGAAAGUUUGUGGAUGAUCCCAAAGCUCCCGGCGGAAAAAGGCGGGAAGAGGAUGGCAAAUGGUGGUGGUUCAAUGACGAGAAGGUAUCUGAGGUUGGAGACGAGAAAAUUGAGACCCUUGCCGGUGGAGGUGAAUCCCAUUCCGCCCUCAUCCUUCUUUAUCGUGCCAUUGACUUACCCACUGCUGAGGAAGUCCAAGAGUAGGAUGGCCGUCAGCCCAUAUCAAGCCCAUAGAUCUCUUUGGGGUAAAUCAUGUCUUUCUGGCCCAAAAAUUGGUGAUGAGAAGCACGAACUACUGUUACAUUAUCAUUAUAGAUAGCCUACUGACAAGUGAAUGAAACAAGUUUAUGUUCACU